UAAGAAAAGAAGCGACGGAGUAUAGUAUAUAAUUGAGUCCCAAUUCUUUUCCGGCCCCACCACCGUGACGCGCGGCCGUGCUUUGACUCUGCCGCAUUUCAUCAUGCACUUGGUUAGUUGGGGUGGGGAAGGGGGGAGGUAGGCUACUCAAAUUCCACUAAUUUCCAAACUCUAGUCAUAUUUAAAAGUUUGGUUUUACCAUUACAGCUAGAAAAAGGAAAAGUACACACUGAAUUCAUUACACCCCACCUCCAUCUUGAUUUUUCCUUUUUCUUUUUUCUUUUAAUGUUUUUUGCUUUUCUUGGAAUGUGUUUGAAUUUGAUGAGAAUUGGGGGUCAUCUUGGGUGGGAUUGCUUGCUGGAGGAGUUGAGAUUUUUUUAGGGUUUCGGCUAUGGAGAAUAUAGAGACGCUGUUAGCUGCCGUGGCUCAGACCACGGGCUUCGGCGACGAGGAGCCGGUUGUUGCUACUCCGUCGGAGCUAGGGUUGGAGAGUUCUGGGUCUCCGGCGGGUGAUGAGGUUGCCGGAGUUGUGCAGCCUUCUCCGGUGGUGGGUGGGGUUGUUUCAGAUCUGAUGGCUGCUGCUCCGACUCCGGUGAGUGCGAACGGCACCGGUGAGAAGCGGAAGCGGGGACGGCCGCCUAAGGGGCAGCUCACGGCGAAGCCUCCGCCGAUUAAGCGGGUGAAAGUGGAGGAUGAGGAGGAAGAUGUUUGCUUCAUUUGCUUUGAUGGAGGCUCUCUGGUGCUCUGUGAUCGAAAGGGCUGCCCAAAGGCGUACCAUCCGGCUUGUAUCAAGCGAGACGAAGCCUUUUUCAAAUCAAAAGCUAAAUGGAACUGCGGCUGGCACAUAUGUAGUGGAUGCAGGAAGACUUCUCAUUAUAUGUGCUACACUUGCACCUAUUCGUUGUGCAAGGGAUGUACUAAAGAUGCGGAUUUCGUGAGUGUGAGAGGAAACAAAGGAUUUUGCUCAACAUGCAUGAAAACUAUCAUGCUGAUUGAAAAUAAAGACCAAGCAGCCAAUGAUUCGAUUCAAGUAGAUUUUGAUGACAAACUUAGCUGGGAGUAUCUCUUUAAGAUGUAUUGGGUAAUCUUAAAAGAGAAUCUAUCAUUAACACUGAGUGAGCUAACUCAAGCUAAAAGGCCCUGGAAAGGUGUGGCUGCUGUGACGCGUAAGUCACGCUUAAAUAAUGCGAUUCCCUCUGCUGUUGGUGGAGACAUUUCUAUGUCAUAUAAGAACACUGAGCAUUUGGAGUUGAACAAACCCCAUGUGGAGAUGGUACAGAAUGAUGCGUUACAGACAUCAUUGUCGAGCAAUGGCAACCAUGUCGAGAAAUUAAACGAUGACACGGGAGAACAUGUGCCAACUUACAGCAAAGAGACUGUAAAACCUAAUGUCAGUGAUGAGAUUAGCAUUGCCAAAGCCACUGACAAACCAGACAUUAAGGAAGGUGUUCACGAGCCAUGCAUUAAGAAAGAUCUAGAUGAUCCGUGCAUCGUCAAAGAUACCUACAAACCAUGCAUUGGCAACAACACAAAUAGCAUAGAGACAGACAGGCCGGCGAUUCACAGUACUGAAUGGGCAUCUAAAGACCUCUUGGAGUUUGUUAAACACAUGAGGAACGGUGACACAUCUGCUUUAUCACAGUUUGAUGUCCAAACACUUUUGAUUGACUAUGUGAAGAGAAACAACCUCUGGGACCCACAUCAGAAGAGUCAAAUUGUAUGUGAUCAAAGGCUCAAAAAUCUAUUUGGAAAGCCACGUGUUGAUCAAGUUGAAAUGCUGAAGCUUCUUGAAUUUCACUUUCUUGUAAAGGAGGAUACUCUGAAAAAUUUGUCUAUUCCUGCUAGAGCUGUUAGAUCUACUGCAAAUAAUUUGGAUGCUGAUGGAAAAGUAAAUGCGUUGCCAGUGCCAAGUAAUAGUAGAAAGCGAAAAAUGCGCAAGAAGAAUGAAAGCGGAGUAGCCCAGCUUGAUCUGAAUGAAUAUGCUGCAAUUGAUGUCCAUAAUAUCAAUCUGAUCUAUUUGCGGCGUAAUUUGAUGGAGUCUCUUACCGAAAAUCGUGAGAGUUUCAAUGACAAGGUUAUUGGUUCUAUCGUGAGGAUUAAAAUAUCAGCCGAUGAUCAGAAGCCAGAAGUUCAUAGGCUUGUCCAGGUUAUAGGGACUAGUAAGGCGGCCGAGCCUUAUAAAAUUGGCAACAAGACAGCAGAUGUCAUGCUUGAAGUUUUAAAUUUGGACAGGAAAGAAGUUGUAUCGGUUGAUGCCAUUUCAAAUGAAGAGUUUACUGAGGAUGAAUGCAAAUGGCUACGUCAGAGCAUUAGAUGUGGUCUUGUGAAACAAUUUACUGUUGAUGAGGUAAAAAAGAAAGCCUCUGCACUCCAAUCAGUUAGAGUAGAUGAUUGGCUGGAGGCGGAAAUAUUGCGGCUAAAUCAUCUUCGAGUUGGCAGGAAGGGGAUUAAGAAAGAGCUUAGAAAAAAUGCCGACAGAUUAAAGCUGCUAAAAUCACCUGAGGAGCGCCAACGCAGAAUUUCUGAAGUUCCAGAGAUACAUGCUGAUCCGACAAUGAAUCCAAAUUAUGAAUCAGAAGAAGAUAUCAGAAGUAGUGACCACAGUAAAAAAGAUGAUUAUGCGGGACCAAGCUAUUCUCCAUUUCCUCGAACUGAUUGGGAGUCCAUUUCUUCUAAUAAUAGAGGUAAAGAAGAGCACUCUGUAGAGGUGCAAGCUAUAAUAAUGGAGAAGACAGAUGCUAGUGUAUCAAAUGAUUGGGAGAAACACACGAAUCAGAUUGAUAUUGAUAGCUCACCUUCUGGUGGUAAGAACGAUCAAGCCAUGGAAAGGUCUCAGUUGGAGACAUCGACUGCAAUUGCCUCCAUCGGGAACUCACAGCCUGCUGAUAAUAUAGAAACUGAGAAACUGUGGCAUUAUCGUGACCCCAAUAGUAAGAUUCAAGGACCUUUUUCCAUGAUGCAGCUGCGGAAAUGUAAUACUACUGGACUGUUUCCACAUGAUAUGCGGAUAUGGACGAAUCACGAGCAAUAUGACUCGUUACUUCUAACUGAUGCUCUGAAUGGGAAAUUAUAUGCAGCACCAGACAUGUCGCAUAAAGCCUCUUCAAGUUCACAGGAAAAUGGGCCUACUGGGGGAGUUGUCCUGAGCGAGGGUACAAAUGUGACUACUGGAGAUGCUAAACAAACAGAAAUGACUGGGUGUAGUAGUUCGGGUGUUUUGCCUGACACUGUUGCUAGACCUGUGAAAGCAGACGAGUCUGGCUCCUCCGGGUGGCCACGAUGUUGGGAUUUGCUUAAGGAUGGUAAUCCAAGUGCUGAUGGUGUCCAAAUACGAGAUCUGCUUCCUCCAUCAAACCCUGAGACAAGAGACGAGCAUUUGACUGAUCGAGGCCGGGAGAGUGAUGAAUUACUUACUUCACCAAAUGGAGAAAAGAAUGCAGCUGGGCCGACUCAAAACCCUAUGCCCAGUGGAGAGGAACUUCGAACUCAACCUAAAGAUGAUGACCGAAAAUCUUCUGAAGGAAAUUUGAGAUCUCUGAACAUUGACUUGAGCUCAACCAUCCUUGAACCUGUGCCGGUUUUGGCUCCUGUAUCAAAGUCGCCCGUCUCAAGUAAACAGGCCGAGAAUAUAGAUGUCUUGGAUCUUCUUAGUCCUACCUCGAAGACUGAAAACCAGCAGUCAGUAUCUGCAGAUAUUCCUGCGCAGGGCUCAAGUUUUCUGGAGCUGCUGAGUCCUGCACCAAGAUCCAACAAUGAAGAUCAGGCAGCACCGGAAACUGACAUCAAGCAUUCUGGGUUUAUGAAUCUUCCUAUGCCUAAUUCUGGCCCUGGCUGGAUUGGUGCGUCUAGUCUAGGGAUCGGUGGCGUGCAGCUCCCAGAUGUAGCUGAUGAAUGGUGUGGAUAUUCCCAGACACCUGCAAGACCACCUAUCCAGGAAUGGGAUUCUGGUCUAGUCUCUGCAUCUGCUUCAAGACCACCUGAAGUCACGGGGGAGAAUGCUGAUGCCACGGCACCCGAUGCCCACCAUCUUACCCAUGCUUCUUCGUCCCACCCUCCAUCAAAUGGACCUAAUUGGCUUGCUAUAAUGAAUGAGCCAAUUGAGUUUGUUGCUCUAGGUGAGGAUUCAGUGUCUGAUCUGUUGGCUGAAGUCGAUGCGAUGGAAUCACGAGGUGCCUUGCCUUCGCCUACUUCAGCCAUCAAGUUUGCUCGGGAAUUGCUUGAAGAUUGCAAAGAUGAUUGCUUUAGUUCAAUCGAGGAUUUCAGCCCAACCCCGGAACUUCGAAAAAGUGAUGCAUUGAGCUCCACCAGCGAUGUACAUUUGACUUCCCAAUCCUCAGCUCCGUGUAGACAGAAUGGAAUGUCUCCAGUUGACGCCUUUGAUUUUUUCCGGAGGCCGAGCGUGAAUUCAUCUGCAAGCAGCGAGGGAGAAACUAGUGCCCCGGUUCAUUCUGGGGAUGCCGGUUCGGAGUUCCACCCCGGCGCUGCACCAAACAACUCAAUCCAAGAGAUGGUUGGUGCCGGUGCAGCCAUGGUUCCUGGGCCGGGAUCCGAUGCUACGGACCCUGGUUGGGGACAGAUGCAGGGUAACAUCAACCUGGUUACAGUGCAAGGUAAUGUCAAUCUUGUCCUCGGGGGACCAGCCGCCCAGGGAAUGGCGAACCUUGGAUGGGGAGCGAACCAGGCUCCCAACUGGGCGAACCCGAACUCAAUACGGAGCCCUAGAAACGGAAGUUUGCCAUGGGACGGGCAGCGCAAGUAUGGCGGUGAGAGGUUCAACUGUCCUAGAGAAUGGGGUGGUUAUCAAGGUAGUGAGCCAGGAUUCGGGGGUGGGAGGGGCAGGCCACCAUGGGGCCGUCAGUCGUAUGGAGGUGGUGGCGGGUAUUCGAGGCCUCUUCCGAAAGGGCAGAGGGUGUGUAAAUUCUACGAGAGUGGACGUUGCAAAAAGGGAGCUUUCUGUGAUUACCUUCACCCGUGAUUGCUUGAAAUCUCCUACAUUCUGUUGCAGGUAACUUUUUUGUUGUAUAAUUAAUUGUUGGAGUAAUCUCUCUAGGUUCAGAUAACUUUUUUGUAUAAUUAAUUGUGAGAGUAAUCUCCGCAGCUGUAGAUUUGUAUUAGGUUCAUUUUAAAUAAAAAGAAGAUAUUGUCACUCUACCUAGGAUUGAAGCACUUACUAGUUUGUACCCAUGGUUAUGUACACCAGUACAUGCAAGUAUAUUAUGUGUGUAUUUUAUUCCUAUA